AUGCCUAAGAGACAUAAGCAAUCUGCGAUACACGAAGCUGCUGUCGAAGAUGAAAGUAUUGGAGGUAUUAACGACCCCGGUAAACGUGAAGCUGCCGGUGAAAGACGUCGUCUUAUCGAAAUUGAUCCUUCUAGUACUCUCAAGGCAAAUAAGAAGAAGCUCAAAGAAAAAGUAGACGCCCAUAAAGUUGAUCUUCUCGGUAAACGUAAAAGAAAGUCCAAGAAGUGGGUCAGAGAUGUUGACCCUAACGUCUUGAUCGACGAUAAUGCUGCAGAAAACUCCAAUAAACUUCCAUCUGCUAGUGUCAUGAAAAUGAUAUACAGCCAUACGGCUAACUACUAUAAAGGUAAAGGUAUUCUCGGUGAAGGUAGCGACAAUGGUAGUGAUAACGACAGCGAUGAAACAAAUAAUGAUAUUGAUAUAGGCAGUAGUAAUAAAGACCUUAAUCAAGGCCUUAUCCAAGACAACAAUCAAAGCAAUGAUGAAAAUAACAAUCACGUCGAUCCAACGCCAGUCCCACGACAGGACAUGUCUUACGCUUUCGAUGGUACAUCUUUAGUCUGCCUUGGCCUUCUUUUCGAAGAAUUGAUUGUACACUACACCAGAGACCUCAUCGAUGAGGAUAUCGAUGUCGCUAGAGAAGAACCAGAGGAUUUAUCCGGCUUAAAUGAUAACACGCCGCAAGCUUCCGAAAAUAUCAUAGCUACAAAUGCGAGUACAUCUCACCAAAUUAACGCAAAAUCAAAAAAGAAGUCUACCAAUAAGCAAUCAGACCAAUUUAUCAAGCAAAAAGCUUUAGACGACCUUUCAAAAAAGAAAGUUGAACCAGACUCAGAAGAUAACCUUAGUCUCGCAAGCGACCCUGACGAGAAUGCACUGAAAUCUAGCCCAUCUAUACCUUCUAUUCGUUCACCGUCGAUCGGUUAA